CAAUAUACUAGUAUUGUUAGGGAUAUGUUUUGCACAUGUUAUAGUUUUAGACAAAGGGAGGAAUAUUCAUAUUACAUUUUAAUCACUUACAAUUGUUACGAUAUACUUUUGUUUUUUUUUAUUUUUGUCAUAAUGUGUUUCCUUAUCACGUUUGUUAGUCUACGUCCUUCAAAACUGUAUAAUUGUUGACUUUGGAAACUAUGAAAUUAAAUUGGUAUACAAGAGUAACUUUUGUAAACAAUGGAUUAAUUUAACAGUGAUAUCAAAAUUAAACAGGGUAAAUUUAAAUUGCGAUAACAAAUACAUCAUGAUCGUGUGUUCUGUCUGAUUAUAUUGCUUGAAUAUCCCAGCUUGCUGAUUUUCUGCGGCGGAACAAUGUGAGAAUAGUUUUAAGCCAGGAACACAGAUAUUGAAGAAUAUGAGUGACGUACCCUUCCGACGAUUCGAUUUUUAACAUCUUUAAAAGGUGGAACGCUAGACUUAAGAGACAAUGGGCGUUGAUAUUCAAACAUACAGAGCAAGAAUUGGCACUUACACGCAUUCCCGAUGUGAUGAAACUAUUGGGAACUACAGACAGUCAAGUGGUUGUAAUGUUGCAGUCACUGACAUUUAUGUUAGCAAUGGCCUGAAAACUGUUGGUUGUGUGUUUUUCAUUUGCGUUCUUUUAAUAAUUGCUGGUAUUGAACAAAACCCUGGUCCGGUGGAAAAAGGUUCUGAAUGUUGCCAGAACGAUGAGGUAGAUGGAGUUGUAAAAGGCGCAGAGAUGAGGGCAGAUGAUACAGCCCAUAAAUUGUAUCAUGCAGAAUCAACUCGACGAAUAAAAAUAACUGGAUUAAUGGAACAUAUGAAUAAACAGAUGCUUAAAAUGUUUUUUGAUGAAGAAGAGAGGAAUGGCGGCGGAAAAGUGAUAGCUAUUGACAUUGAUAACACAAAUAAAUGUGCAAUUGUCGAAUUCGAAGACGAGACAGGUGUUGAUUUGAUCAUGAAAAAGACACCGGUGACAAUAUGCGGUAUGCAAGUUCAUAUAGAGGUACCUGGAGAUGAAACAGAAAAGCCAAAAAUGAUAAAAAUCUCAAAACUACCGGCUAAUAUAAAUAAGGAUAUGUUGUUAAUGUUCUUUGAAAACAAGAUAGAGUGUAAUGGAAAAGUUGUUAGCGUGACCGUGAACACUAAGGAUUCGUAUGCCAUUGUUGAAUUUGACAAGUCAGCAGCUGUUUAUGGAGUAAUGGCUAAGCAACCAUUAGCAAUUUUUGGUUUUACAGUAGAAGUAGAUACUUUCGUUCCAGAAACGUCACUUGUGAAAUCACAGGAUAUACCGCGUAUAAGAAUUUCCGGAUUAAAAGAGAAUACAAACAAGGAGAUACUCACAAUGUACUUUGAACAUGAAGAGAGAAAAGGCGGCGGAAAGGUGAAAAAUAUUGAAAUGGAUCAGAAGGGGACGCUUGCUACAGUUGACUUUGAGGAGAAAGCUGGGGCUGAUGCAUUUAUGCUGAGAAAUCCGAAAUCUAUACUGGGUAUGGAUGUCACAGUAGAAGUCAUUGAUACAUCAUCUGAUAAAAGUCGUGGUAAAUCAACAAGAAUAAAAAUUACUGGCUUAGCGGAAAACACCAAUAAGGAGAUGCUUGAAAUGUUUUUUGAGAGAGAGGAAAGAAAGGGUGGCGGAAAAGUAAAACAUAUAUUCAUUGAUGGACAGAAUAAAUGUGCUGUAAUUGAGUACGAAGACGAAACAGGUUUUGAAUCGAUUAUGAAUAAGACACCGAUGACAAUAUUCGGGAUGGAAGUGGGAAUAGAGACACUUGAUGAUAUUGACGAGCCUAAAAAGAUACAAAUCACAAACAUGCCAGUCAUUGUUAAUCAGGAGAUAUUGAAAAUGUUCUUCGAAAAUAAAACAGAUUUUGGAGGAAAAAUUAUUGACAUCAACUUUAUAUCUGAAGAGAAUAGGGCCAUUGUUGAGUUUGAUGAUUCUACAGCUGUUUAUAGGAUAAUUGACGAGCGACCAAUGACAAUUCUGGGCUAUGAUGUUAAUGUAGAUGUCUUCGAUUCGUCUGUUGUUGUUGAACCUCAGAAUAUACCGCGUAUAAGAAUUUCCGGAUUAAAUGAGAACACAAAUAAUGAGAUGCUUGCACUGUACUUUGAACAUGAAGAGAGAAAAGGCGGAGGAAAGGUGAAAAAUAUUGAACUGCAUCAGAGAGGGACAUUUGCGAUUAUUGAAUUUAAGGAGAAAGCGGGUGCUGAUGCGUUUUUGUUAAAAAAUCCGAAAUCUAUAUUGGGUAUGAAUGUCACGAUAGAACUUAUUGAUACAACAUCUGAUACGAGUCGUACUAAAUCAACAAGAAUAAAAAUUACUGGCCUGGCGGAAAACACCAAUAAGGAGAUGCUUGAAAUGUUUUUUGAGACAGAGGAAAGAAAUGGUGGCGGAAAAGUAAACAAUAUAUACAUUGAUGGAAAGAAUAAAUGUGCUGUAAUUGAAUUUAAAGACGAAUCAGGUGUUGAAUGGAUUAUGAAUAGGACACCGAUGUCAAUACUUGGAAUGGAGGUGGGAAUAGAAACACCUGAUGCUAUUGACCAGUCUAAAAAGAUACAAAUCACAAACUUUCCAGUCAUUAUAAAUAAAGAGAUGAUGAAAAUGUUCUUCGAAAGCAAAAGAGAUUUUGGAGGAAAAAUAAUAGACAUUAGAAUGAAAUCUGAAGAAAAUAAGGCAAUUGUUGAGUUUGAUGAUUCUACAGCUGUUUAUAGGAUAAUGGACGCUCAACCGUUGAAAAUUCUUGGAUUCGAUGUUGAUGUAGAUGUCUUCGAAGACAAAGACUAUUCAGAUAUUAAACCUGGCGAAAGAGGAAUGCAGAGAGCAGAAUCUUUACAAACAACAGGAACAGAACAAGACUCCUCACACAAAUAUGGAUCUGCUGUUGCUGAAACUGCUGACAGUAACCCUGUUGAAAGGCUGGAUUCUUCAAAGUCGAGAGCUUCGGCUGAAACUGAAGGCCAGAUAUUUUAUCAAAUACUGCAACAGCUUGGAUUGACAGACAAAUUCCCUGGUAAAAUAUCUAUGCAAGAUGUCAUAGCUGUUACUCCAAAUGAAUCCAUAGAGCAGGUAAAUGAGAAGAUAUCCUUAGCUGAUAUUCCUUGGUUGAUUCUGAAACGCUUGAUAAGUGCUCAUAGUGAAUGUAGAGACAUUACAAUGUCAAAAGAACAAAGUACUGAAAGUAGUCUGAAAUAUGAGGAUUCAAUAUCACCUUCAUCGGAAAGACCACAUGACAAUCAAGAUAUCAGCCCUUUAGAUAUAUUCACUGUUGUUUUUCAGUGUUGUGAUCCAUCUUUGAAACAAAUUUUUGUUCAAAACCUAUAUCUUUGUAAACUUGCAGUACCCUUCUUUUAUAGCUUUUGGGAAACUAAUGAACAACACACUCCAAUAAUCUCUGUUUGGCCGUUGCGGUCGCUGGCCAUAGAAAAUAAUCAGAAAUAUGCUAAUAAAAAUGAAAAACAUUGUAGAGAAAGCGAUGUCCUAGAACUACCAACAAAAGUAUUAGCAUUUGGAAGGCUGGGUCGCCCUCGCUAUUCGAAAUCUAAACUGAUAAAUAGUCUUCUUUUAAGUGAAGGUUGUAAGACAUUUUUUAACAUGGACUGUCCUUCUGGGAAGUCUCCAAGACAAUUAAGUAAUGGGCAGAUAGAGAUGUUUCUGUUACCAACCAUCGAUGAAAGAAAAGAUAGAUUUCAAGAUGCAAUGACUUUUUUAAACUUAAGGGGUGAUCUUUGCAAACAUUUUAGCACAGAUAUUUUGUACUUCACUGCAAACUUUGUAGAUUCAAUUGUUAUGAUCGUUGAUUUAGACAUGGUUUUGAACCAAAGUAAGAAGGUUGAAGAUGUUCUUCUUCAAUUUUCCUCAGUUAUUUUGAUUAUUGCGGACCCAUUAAACCCUGAUGCAGUUAGAUUCGUUAAGAAAUUUCAAAGUGGUGUGAUUUCAUCAAAAUCAGAAAUCAGUUUAAGAAUUUUGAGUACACAUAAAGGCACUGUUGAGCAGAAUGUCGUAGAUAUGUUAUCAGGCAUGACAAAAAAUAUAUCAGAACAGCUUAAAAUCAAUAAAACAAAGUCUUUUGAAGAACGAUUAUCGCAAGCAAACCUGGCAACCAUAAAAACCGACGAAGAAGAUGUCGUCUGUCAAAAAGGCAAGCUAGAAGCUACUACACUUAUUAAACAAAUGAAAACUGACGGGGAACCAAGUGGCUGGAAAACACACUUGACCCCAGUCCAAAGUAACUUAUCAAAGCAAUUAGGAAUGUUAUUAAAAAAAAGAGAAAGAGAAAGAGACCUCAUAGAAGUAGGGAAAAUAGAUGUAAAAAUCAUAGAAGUGAGACGAAAACAAAUUGCAUCGAUAACUAAUUCUGUUAAAUGCUUUCUUUACCUGCUGAUAAAAAACAGCAACUGUCCUUUAAUUCUUAAAUAUUUUCUUUCCUGGUUACAUUUUUACAUUGAAAGAGAAAAACGCCAAAUAUUACCACGGUUGAUGCAUGCACAUCGAAGCGCUUGGGAAAAAUUAAAAUCACUUAAAUAUUCUGAAAAAUUUGUUCAUGGAGAAAUCAUAGAAACUCAAGAAACUGUCAUUACAGAUUUGGAGGAACAAAUUGACGGAGCAUCAUUUACAGUUCAACAUUUCUUUCGUGAAAUUGGUCAUAUAAAUGAAGCCAUUUUAGAACUCAAAGAAGAUUCAACCAAAUUAGGAUUACCAACUUUACACCAGAUGUCUAAUAUUGUUAGUCGUCUUCUCCUUGAUGGCUACCAUUUCGAGCUGAUAGAUGGUGAGAGCUUUUACAUGCCAUACCAAUGGAUUAAAACUGUCCUUAAAAAUGUUGAUAUAUCUAUUGGAUCUAGUAAAGUCAUGACACUUAGCGUUUUAGGUCUGCAAAGUUCCGGAAAGUCAACUCUUUUGAACAGGAUGUUUGGAUCCAAUUUUUCUUCAAGAAGCGGUAGGUGUACUAGGGGAAUACAUGUCCAGCUGAUUCCUAUGAAAGGUACACAUUUUGGUGAAACCUCUGAGGUGUUUAGCUAUGUACUUAUUGUUGACACAGAAGGUCUGAGGUCACCCGAGUUAAGUAAUGUGCAGCAUGAACAUGAUAAUGAAUUGGCUACUGUAAUAACCGGUGUAGGUGAUAUCACAAUGUUAAAUAUUAUGGGAGAAAAUCCAAGCGAAAUGAGGGACGUUCUUCAAGUUGUUGUGCAUGCCUUUCUACGAUUGAAAAUGACAAAUGAAAAAUUAGAUAUAAGAAAAAGUUGUGCAUUUAUUCAUCAAAAUGUAUCUGAUACGUUUGCAAGAGAAAAUAUGAUAAGUGGUUUAAGCAAAUUAAUGCAGACUCUAGAUGAAAUGACAUAUGAGUCGGCGAGAAGUUUGGGAAUUAUUAACAUCACAACAUUUAACCAAGUUAUCGAAUUUGAUAUAAGGCAAGUGUGGUAUCUGAAGAAUUUAUGGCAAGGAAAUCCACCGAUGGCUAAAAUAAAUAAUGGAUAUAGUGAAUGUGUAGUUGAUAUAAAGUGCAAGAUCUUGGAAAAGGCCUCGACUCUGAAAGAUAAAUCAUACAAACCAUUGACGGAUAUAGUUGAACACGCACAUGAUUUAUGGAAAGGUGUUCUCAAUGAAGAUUUUGUUUUCUCUUUUAGAAGUAGUCUUGAAAUAGAAGCAUAUAUGGAAAUGGAGAGUGUUGUUCACAAUGAACUUUGGCGACUUGAAAGCCUUAUUCGUGAAAAAUUAUUACAAAUAUCGCAAAACAGCUUUGCUAAAUGUGAUCAAAAGGAAAACUUACGAAAUGUAGCAGACAGUCUGAUAAGCGAGCUUUACGAAAUCCUUUUAGAUGAAAAAAUCAAAACUGAAGAAAAUAUUAAAAAAUACUUUGAGGGAAAUAAAUUUAAAGAUAUUGUCAUUCAAUGGAAAAGUAGCCAGCAACACCGUGUAACCAUGUUAUUUGAAAAGCUUCAACAAAUCAUCAAAGAACAUGUCGAAAAAAGCCAAGUAAAAAGAUCAUUAGAAAUUCUGACAGUACAUUGUCAAGGGAAGCACGAGGAAGAACUAAGAAAAAGAUCUAUGGAAGUUGCAAAUGCUCACAAAGGUCAGAAACUAAAUAGCGAGAAGAUUGAUCAACUUUUUGGAGAAAUAUGGAAGGAAUUUCUUAACAAGGUUGAUACUUCUUCUACAGGAACGGAAAAACACAGAAAGAAAAUGAAAAAUAUUUUUAGAACAUGCCUUGAGAAUAUUUUUAAGCAGAGCCAUGCUUUGCUUAAGCAGGCUUUGAAAGACACCGAUUUCUUGACGCCAUUACCAAAUGUUAAACAGUUAGCAAAUUCGUUUUCUGACACGGGAAUAAAUGAGUCGGACAUAAGCUUCACAAUCGUACAGAAGGGGAAAGCAUGGCUAGGCUUUUCUGAUACAAUGAAAUAUGUCGGGACAAGAGUAAACCAAAUAUUCGAGUCAGUUGAUGGAAAAAUAAAAGAGCUUUGCCAAGUUAAUGAUGAAAUAACGGAAAUGUCUGUCAAUAAAUUAAUGCAUGAGCUAGAUAUUAGUAUACAAGGUAUCUUAUCGGCAGACUGUAAAUACAGUUUUAAAGUGCCUUUUUAUGUAAAAAUCUAUGUACAUGUAAGCAGGCAUGCUCAUACAAUUUUCGAAAGUCACAAUGAAAAGUACGUUAAAACCCAUGGCACUGCUGUCCUUCUAGAAAGAUACAGAGUUCAGCAGAAGAUAAGUUUCGAGUCUCAUUUAAAAUGUCGCCAUUUUGAAGAUUUAGUCGCAGAACUAUUUUCUCAUGUCAUAGAAAGUUUUGCAGAAGAAUGGACAUUUCAAAGUCUACCGAAUAAAGUAACUGAAAGCCUUAUGUCUCUCCUUCCAAACGUCAAGAACAGGGUUAUAAUUGAAAUAUGCACAGAUCUUUUGGAAGAAGGCAAAUUUGAAAAUUUUGUGAGAUAUAUUGAUGAUCCACAUAGUUAUGCUACUUUAUGGAUAACUAAAAAGGCUAAUCAGUUUCUCUUUGACUCAGAGUUUCAGGUCGUUACAAGUAUUUCGUCAUUAUUACUUAAAGAUUUGUUUAGAAGUGUCUGCAAUUGCGUUAAUGGUGUCCUAAGAGAAUACGAUAGGAAAUCAUCACCCUCGAUCGAUACGUGGAUAAAAUCUUUUCAAAAUUCAAUGAAGUCGUUAGAUUUUUCCAUUCCAUCUGAAAGCUUUCGGAAUGUCAGGAAAGAAACAUCAUCUAAUAUACAAAAUGUGGAAUACCUGACUACGAAAAUUUUAGAUUAUUUGGGCAAUUCUGAAAAGAAACUUGCAUCCAAGUUAAAAUCACAAAAGAGUCAUACAAUAACAUGGUCAGGCUAUAAUCCUAUAUCACGAAUUAUAAAAAAGAUAUGGGGAUGUAAGGAACAGUGUGUUUUUUGUGGAGAACCAUGUGCCAAGAAUCAGGAUCAUGACGGAUCUACACACUACAGUAUACAACACCGUCCUUCAUGCUGCAGGGGGGUUUGUAUCAGAACAUCGCAAAAUGCAUGCCUAGCAUCGUGUGAGUUUGAUAUUCAAUCAAACGCAAGGCAUAUGUGCUCUGUUUUCAAUUAUAUUUGCAAUAGUGGAAAACGAGAAGAAUGUGGUAAACAUCAUUAUUAUAGGGAUUACAAAACAUACCUUCCAGAUUGGGACAUAGCUCCAACGUCUAAUAUGCAUGACGCAUCUAAAUUCUGGAUAUGGUUUGUAGUGACAUACAAAGGAAAUCUUGAAAAGCUGUAUGGCUAUAAGAUUGAAGACAUCCCCUCAACAUGGAACACUAUAACAAAAUCAGAGGCCAAAGAGAGCCUACAUAAAAUAUAUUCUGCAUAACAAGCGUCAAUUAUAAAAAAGAAUUUGAAAGAAAUCAACACAUCAAUGCCUAAAAGUGUGUUAGAUUCCAUGAAAACUGACGAAAUCAAAUAAAUUUAACGACGAAAAAAGAUAAAUAGUUGAACAUUAUAAUUCAUGUUUUUGUCAGAGCUAUUAUCCUUAUAUAUCAUAACAAAAGGAAGACAUGACAAUUUGUAUAAGGUUGCCGUACUUCAAUUCAGAGUUCUUAUAUUUUUAUGAUCCAUCAGAAGCACUAAAAACGAAAAGGUACAUGAACAUUGCAAAAUCGGUUUGAUUGAGAAUGUACAUGAGGAAUAAAACGAAUAGGUACACCAUCCCUCACGCCCCCUAGCAUCGGCUUGAGCGCUACUGAAUUCACAACACUUAAAAGUGCUGGUCCCAAUGGUCCCAAAGGACCAUAUAUAUAAGUACCUGACAAAAUUUAUUUUUCAGUCACUGAUGUGCAUUUACAGGAUAUAACAAAAAAUAACGAUAAAGCUCUUUUACAAAGUGAAAAGAAAUUAUUAUCGCUUAACUGUUUGAGCAUGCAAGAAAAGGUGUUGAAAACCUAAUGAAUUUAUGUUUCUUUUUCCGUUUCUUUAGCGGAUUUAUUACCAAUUUUAGGAAUUUAAGUUAUAUGGUUGAUUGCUACCAGUAUGCAACAUUAUUUGUAACUAAAAUGGCUAGAUUCAUUUGAGUUAAUAAUAAUAACAAUAGGACAAUAACAAGUUAGUAAUUCAACUUGCUAAACAAAUUGUUUAAAAGUGUUGACAAUUUCGUGCCUGAAAUGCACUUUGAGCGAAACUUCAACCGCCAAUCAAAGCAUUUGACCGCCGAUCGGUCAUUCAGCCGAUUCCAAUUUGAAUGAUUAUGAUAAUUUUGAAGUUUUAACAGAUUUAAAUAUGAACGACACGUUAUUUAUGCAAAGAAUAGCGAAAUGUAUUAUUAAUACCAAUAAAUUAAUGACAAUGAUACUAGAUUAAAAAUUUUGAAGAAAUUUUGAUUUUUAAUUUUAAUUAACUGAUGGUAUGCAUAUUGAUGUUUGUAAAAUUGGGUUCAAAUCAAUUAAAUACAUGUAUAUUUUUUAUUUAUGAUGGUUAAAUUGCGCUUUAGUUAGAAUGCUAACCUUAAAUAGAGUUUGUUAUGAUAUAACAUCGGUCAUUAUUUUCCGUUGUAUAUUGGUUUAAAUGAACAGUCGAUUUAAGUUAAGAUAGUGAUUUAAAUUGAAAUGUUUUUUACCUGUUUUCAUGAGGGAUUUGUGAUUAGCACUUAUGUUUAUUGUGUUGUUUGUGCAUCACCCGUAUUAAUCAGAAAUCUUGUUGAUCACAUGAAUUUACCUAAAAAAGUCUAUAAUAUUUGAUUUUUAAGAGUAGGAUUUUUCAAUUUGUUGUUUACUUUUCUUCUCUUUUUUACAAGUGAUACAUGCAAAUUUCCAAGCGUAUGCACCGUCUACAAUGACAUGUGUAUGGUUUAAAUUUUGUUUAUCUGUAAUUUUGUUAAUUUAUUAUACAUUCGUAAAAACAAAACCCUAUAAAGUUUUACAAAAUGAAUGUUAGAGUUUAGAAGUAAUUGCUUUGAAUUUAAUUGGAGAAUGCCUUUAUUUGCUUUAUUUGCAUUUUAACAAAAUGUUUGUUAUCUUUUGUUCGAUGCAAUGGAAAUAUAACAAUCCAUUUUCUGCAGCUUACUUUUCAACUAUAAUAGAAAUUUAAAAAAAUCACGUGAACAUGCAAAAAUUUAUUUAGGAAGAUGAGUGUAAAUGGAUAUCAAAAACAUGUAAUUUGCAUUCCAAGAAAUAUAUUAAACAUGCUAUUUUUCAUAUUUCUUUUGUGUAUUUUUUAUAUUUGCUGAAUAUGUAGGAAAUAAAUCAUAUCUAAUUACAAAUGAGUAUGAUCUAACACGUUCUGUUUGGUCUGGUUUGUACAAGAAUAUCUUUUUUCAAUUAACACGAUGAAUGAGUUUCUGUUAGACAUUUGCCGUUACUUUUUUACGUUGAUAGUAAAUGCUUUUUAGUUAAAAUUCAUAUUGUAUAUAAAUGAAAAAUGAUUGUUUGAAACUGUUACAUAUAAAAGCAAUCGCAUAAUCACUCGAAUUUUUUAUACAUAUCGACAGUGACGCGUCAGAUAUGCUCUUUUAGAAUAUAUGUUGUUAGUCCCCUACCGGUUUACUGAAAAUAUGACAAAUUUAACACAUAAACUGGAGCUAGUGAUAAUGCAAAAAGUACUGAAAAUAUUUUUAUGAAACUUGAAAUAUAUGUAGAUGGUAGUAUGAAGAUUAUACACAUCAUUUUUUUAUCAUGACUAUAGGGAGUAUAUUGAGAGCUGUUAUACUUAACAAACGUCGGCAACCUCGUUUUUUUUCUUUUCUUCCUAUUUUGAAAAACAAAUUGAUUGCCAUGGCAACAAAUAGGUUUAAAACAUGGCAAAUAUAACAAUAUUUGUGAUAAGUCAAAAAAGCUGAAAAUUUUUAUGAAACUUAAAAUAUGGAUAGAUGGUAGUAUGGAAAUUAUACACAUCAUUUUUAUCUUGACUAUGGGGAGUAUAUUGAGAGCUGUCAAACGUAACAAACGUCGACAACCUCGUCAAGAUAUCUGAUUCUAGGUUUUGGGCUUUUUAACUAUAAGUUCUUUAUUUCUUAAGAUAUUUAUUUCAAACUUCAAACAUAAGUUUCUGGUCAUUAACCACAUCAUAUGUGACAAGGUUUUAACUCUAGCACAAAAAAUAUCAGAAUUGCCUCCCUUGAACUUACAUGAAAAAAUGAUGUGUUUUUUUAAAUAACUUCUUUAUUUCAAUGUAUCUUCUUCAAACCUCAUAUAUAUGUUUCUAAUAAUCACUCAAAUCAUUUGUGAGAAGGUUCUAUACUCCAGUAAGACUAUUUCCAGAACUAUGACCCCCUCGAACUUAGAUUUGUAUCGAGAAAUGGGUAUAUUUUACUCCAACUUCUUCAUUACUAUAGGAUUUACUUCAAACUCCCACAUCAUAAUAAUAUGACAAGGUUAAUAAAUCUAUCAUCCUUAUUUCCAGAAUUAUCUCCUCUUUAAACUUAUUCCUAUUCAUUUUUUAGCUUUUUUUUACUUCAAAUUCAAAAUAAACAUUCUUUAUGAACAGCUUCAUUACUAAUUGUUCUUUGUUACACUCACAUCAUGUGUGACAUCUUGGAUCUUCAUUUCAAGAGUUAUCUACUCUUUAAGAAUUUUGCUCUUAAAAAUGCUAUAUUUUGGUAACAGGGAUGUUUAAAAAAUAACUUUUUAGUCUGCCUGCUCAUAAAAACUGUUUCCUGUGAUCACUUUAAAAGAACUUUUCCAACAAAUUUUCUUAAUGAAACAUUAGUGAAUGGCCAAUAGCCCAUCAGAAUGUUGCUGGGGUUCUAGCCGGUAGGGGACUUAUGGAUUGUUGUUGUUGCUUUACAUAUAUAAAAGUAAAGGUGUGAUAGAAAUUUAAUAUCAUGGCAUAAUAUCAAUGGAACAUAUACGAUAUUUAGACAUAGGUUGCUUUAAAUUAUGUAUUGUCUACUUGACCUUUUUGUCAAUGGCUAUUGUACUAUUGCUUUUCUUCUUAAUAAUCAGACUAUGGAAAUAAAAAAUGUUGUGUGUGUG